AUGUCAUCUCGUCAGUGGUUUCUCACUAUCCUCAUCAUAGUCUUCUUCUUCUCGAGCUUAGCUUUUCCCUCAAUUGCAAGCUCACAAGAAGCACUACUAGAUGUAGUAGAAGAAGAAGAAGCUGCAGUCGUUGGAUACGGCUACGUCGUUAAAUCAGUGGCCGUUGAUUCCAACGGGAAAGUUUUGACGGCGAAUCUUGAUCUGAUAAAACCGUCUUCUGUUUACGGAGCAGAUGUUCAAACACUUAGCCUUCAUGUCAGCUUGGAGACAAGUGAGCGUUUGAGAAUCAGACUCACAGAUUCUAGUCAACAAAGAUGGGAAAUACCGGAAACCGUCAUUCCUCGCGCCGGAAACCACUCUCUUCUCCGUUUCUUAUCGGAAGAAGACGGAGGAGUAAACUCGUCGGAGAACAAUUUCUUAGCAGAUCCAUCAUCGGACUUAGUUUUCACACUCCACAACACAACGCCGUUCGGUUUCUCCGUUUCCCGAAAAUCCUCCGGCGAUAUCCUCUUCGACACUUCGCCGGAUCCAUCGAAUCCAAACACUUACUUGAUCUUCAAAGACCAAUUCCUUCAACUAUCUUCCUCUUUACCGGUAAACAGAUCGAAUCUAUACGGUCUCGGAGAGCACACGAAGCGAUCGUUCAAGCUAAUUCCCGGCGAUACAAUGACUUUAUGGAACGCCGACAUCGGUAGCGAGAAUCCGGACGUUAACCUUUACGGAUCGCACCCGUUUUACAUGGAUGUUAGAGGAUCGAACGGACACGAUGAAGCAGGGACGACUCAUGGCGUUCUCUUGAUGAACAGCAACGGAAUGGACGUGAAGUAUGGAGGAAGUCGGAUUACUUAUAAUGUGAUCGGAGGCAUCAUUGAUCUCUAUGUAUUCGCCGGAAAAUCGCCGGAGUUGGUGAUGGAUCAGUACACAGAUUUUAUUGGAAGACCUGCCCCUAUGCCUUACUGGUCAUUUGGAUUUCACCAGUGUAGGUAUGGAUACAAGAAUGUUUCAGACCUUGAAUCUGUAGUUGAUGGAUAUGCAAAAGCUGUAAUACCUCUUGAGGUUAUGUGGACAGACAUUGAUUACAUGGAUGGGUACAAAGACUUCACUUUCGAUCCCGUGAAUUUCCCGGUGGACAAGAUGAAAUCAUUUGUGGAUAGACUUCACAAGAGCGGUCAGAAAUACGUGUUGAUCUUGGAUCCCGGUAUAGCUGUGAAUAGCUCUUACGGGACAUAUAAGAGAGGAAUGGAAGUGGAUGCUUUCAUAAAACGAAAUGGUGAGCCUUAUCUCGGUGAGGUUUGGCCUGGAAAAGUAUACUACCCCGAUUUUUUGAAUCCAGCUGCUGCAACUUUCUGGAGCAACGAAAUCAAGACGUUCCAGGAAAUUCUACCGUUAGAUGGUGUGUGGCUUGACAUGAAUGAGUUAGCGAAUUUCAUAACUUCACCUCAGUCUCCUGGAUCUUCACUCGAUGAUCCUCCUUACAAGAUCAACAAUUUAGGGGGCAAAACGCCGAUAAACCAAAAGACAGUACCCGCAACAUCUAUCCAUUUUGGAAAUGUUAGUGAGUACAAUGCGCAUAACUUGUAUGGGCUCUUGGAAGCUAAAGCCACUCACCAAGCUGUAGUAGAUAUAACAGGCAAGAGACCGUUUAUUUUGUCGAGAUCCACGUUUGUGAGCUCAGGGAAAUAUACAGCUCAUUGGACCGGUGAUAAUGCUGCAAAGUGGGAGGAUUUGGCUUACUCUAUCCCUGGAAUUCUCAACUUUGGACUGUUUGGGAUUCCAAUGGUUGGAGCUGAUAUCUGCGGUUUCUCGCAUGAUACCACUGAGGAAUUAUGUCGCCGAUGGAUCCAGUUAGGAGCGUUUUACCCUUUCGCAAGAGAUCAUUCGGCGUUAGGUACUGCUAGACAAGAACUAUUCGUCUGGGAUUCGGUUGCUUCUUCUGCGAGAAAGGUUCUUGGCCUCCGUAUGCAACUGCUGCCACAUCUCUACACGCUGAUGUAUAAUGCGCAUGUUAGCGGUGUUCCGAUCGCGCGACCGCUCUUCUUCUCCUUCCCUCAAGACAAUAAAACCUAUGAGAUUGAUUCUCAAUUCUUGAUCGGUAAAAGUAUAAUGGUAUCUCCGGCGCUGAAGAAAGAUACGGUGACCGUCGAUGCAUAUUUCCCCGCCGGAAACUGGUUCGAUAUGUUUAACUAUUCGUUUGCUGUUGGUGGAGAUUCCGGCAAGCACGUUACGCUUGAUACUCCUGCCGAUCACGUCAACGUUCAUGUUCGAGAAGGUAGCAUUGUGGCUAUGCAAGGAGAAGCAAUGACAACUAGAGAAGCAAGAACCACGCCGUUUCGGCUUCUGGUCGUAGCCAGCAAGCUUGAGAACAUUUCCGGCGAACUGUUUCUCGAUGACGGCGAGAACAUACGGAUGGGAAAGGAAGGAGGGAACCGUGAUUGGACCCUUGUGAAGUUCCAGUGCUAUGUGAACGGAAAAUCCGUGGUACUGAGAUCAGAAGUGGUGAACCCAGAGUACGCAUCUAGAAUGAAAUUGACCAUCGGGAAAGUGACGUUUGUCGGGUUCGAAAACGUGGAAAGUGUGGAAACGUACUAUGUUAGGACAAGCGAGAGAUUUAAGGGUCCGAGAAUUUCUCUACUUAAGACGGUUUUGGACGAUGAUGAUGAUCCGAGGUUUAUGAAUGUGGAGGUUUCUAGACUGUCCUUGCUUGUUGGGAAGAAGUUCGAGAUGAGAUUGAAAUUGAAUUAA